GAGUCGAAUGAGUUGAAAUCAGAGGAAGCAGAAGUAAAGCCUAUUGAAGAAACAGCCGGAAAAGAUGAGGAUGAAGUGGAUAGGAAGCGUGAAAAAUCCGCAGAGCCUUCACCAGAGAUAGUACGGGAACAGGAGAGAGUACCAGAAAAGGAGAUUCGAGAAGAGAGUUCACCACCAAAAGAUGAAGCAAAAGUAGAGAAGGAGGGUGAGGAGCGAAGUCUAGUUGAGGGGGUGGAGAGUAUUGAUUUGAAUAAGGAGGGGAAUAUUAAUGAGGGUGAUUCGGUGGUGAUGAAUAAUACCGAUGAGAAUGUUAAUAAAGUUAUCGUGAACGGAAACGAACCGAAUGCGAACGAUGGAGAUCAACAUAAAACAGCAACACAUCAUGCGGUGGAAGUGGUACUCGAAGAAACAGAGAAAGAAGAGAAGGCAACUAGCGAAGAGGAGGACGAAACGAAGAUAGAGAGGAAAAGAAGGGAGUUCGAGAACAAGCAGGCAGAGAUGUUAAAGGAUAUCACCAAUGUCAGUGUAGAAAUGAUGCUGUACAGUCGGAGUUAUCUGAUGUUGAUGCGGGACGUGGUCAAGGAAUUGAAACUGAAGACGUGUCCAGUAGAGGAGACGGAGUUGAAGAGCUUGGGCAUCGACAUCGGGACGGCACCGGUGGUGAAUAUGGACAGACAGCAACGACGUUUGGAAGGUGUGUCGAGGGCGUUUGCACCGGGUUGGAUGCCGGAUAAUAAGAAUCCAUUGAGACCGAAGCAGUAUCAUGGGCGUUUGAGUGAUCGUGGCCAUUCGCAACGUACAGAUCGUGAUCGAAAGCGGGGACCGAUUAGCAGACCGUCAAUAGAUCGCCCGGCACGAGAACCAGUCAAAUUGCAUAAAUCUGAGAACGCAUGGAAACAUGAGGCGUUGUCGCAGUUGGAUAAGGAUCAGAAACAAGUGAUUGAAGAGUCACAGGAGAGUGGCAAAUCGGAAUUUAGAAGCGGUAUUUUGACAAGAUGCCAACAGACUUUUGAAACGAAAAGACAGGACGAGAUCAAUAAGAAGAGGGAGGAGGCAGCGGCCGAGAAGGAUGAGAAGAGGCAGAAGGAGUUAAAAAUCGAGGUAAUGGAAAUGGAGGCGAAGGAA